AUGGAGAAGACUCAGGUUCUGUUGGUCGGCGCAGCGGGUGAAACCGGAGGGUCCAUUGCGAACGGUCUCGUCGAAGACGGCAGCUUUGAAGUCCACGCCCUCGUUCGCCCCGCCUCCGUGCACAAACCCGCCAUUGUGAAGCUCCAGGAACGAGGAAUCCAGAUCCGGAAAUGCGACCUAAGGUCGUCAGAGGAGCAGCUCAUCGAAGCGCUCGCCGAUAUUGAUGUCGUCAUUAGCUGUGUCGGUCCCUCCGAGCAGCAGGACCAGAUUCCUCUCGCCAAGGCCGCAAAGAAGGUCGGCAUCAAGCGAUUCAUCCCCUGCGGUUUCAUCACCGUGGCACCUCCCGGUGGUGUGAUGUGGCUGCGCGACGAGAAAGAGAUUGUCUACAACCAGAUCCGCCAACUGUGGCUCCCCUACACCAUCGUCGAUGUCGGCUGGUGGUACCAGCUCUGCUACCCCCGCCUUCUUUCCGGCCGCGUCGACUAUGCCAUGACCUCCGGCAACGACGAGAUCAUCGGUGAUGGGAACACGCCCACUGCGCUCACCGACUUGCGGGAUAUCGGUCGCUACAUGGCCUUGAUCAUCAAGGACCCGCGCACCUUGAACAAGAAGAUCCUCGCCUACAACCUGGUCACGACACAAAACAAGAUCUAUGACCUGAUCGAGGAUAUCAGCGAAGAGAAGGUCGAUCGCAACUAUGUCCCCGAAGAGACUAUCUGCAGCCGCGUCCUGGCAGCCCGACAGGCCAGUGAAACUUAUCCGUUCGACCCGAUCAAGUUCAUGCCUCGGUAUCUCGCCGAAUAUCAAUACUCCUGGGGCAUCCGCGGCGACAACAACCCCGAGUACGCCAAAUAUCUCGGCUACCAUCUGACCACCGAGCUGUACCCGGAGUUCAAGCCGACCGACUUCCGCGAGUACCUUGAGUCAGUGGUGCGCGGCACCGCCAAGGGUAUCUACCAGGACCGAAUCAUCUCGCGCAAGCACCAGCGCCAUUUCCCACGCACCGAGUCCAGCGACUCGCUGUAUACCCGUAUCUUCCCUCGCACAGAGUCAAGCGACUCGCUCAUGUCGCGAUGA